AUGCAGGAGGAGGACACAUAUGCCUCUCUUCAGUGGGAUCCCCCAACACCAAGUCCUUACCAGAAACAUCUGUCUUCUGUCAAAUAUUCAGGAGCAUGGUGUCUGGUGGUGGUGAUCUCAUGUAUUCUCUGCGUGGGCUCAGUAACAACCUCUGUUUUCUUGGGGAUCAAGUUGUUCCAGGUGUCCACUAUUGCAAUGAAGCAGCAAGAAAAACUCAUCCAUCAGGAUAGAGAACUGUCGAACUUCACACAAUGGAAGAGAAACCAUAACCUUCAGAUGAAAUGUUGCCAAACCUUGAGGCAAAAGUCUUUCAGUUCAGCCCAUAACUGCAACCCUUGUCCAAACAACUGGAUUCAGAAUGGAGGAAGUUGUUACCGUGUCUUUGAAAACUGGAAAUUUUGGCACACCAGUAAAGAGGACUGUUUGAAGGAGGGUUCUAAUCUUCUACAAAUAGACAGCAAAGAAGAAAUGGACUUUAUCACUGACAGCCUGAGUAAUGUCAAAAAAGGCUAUGAUUACUGGGUGGAGCUGUCUCAUGAUGGACUCAGCAGACCUUGGCUUUGGAAAGAUGGCUCCCCUCCUUCACCUUCCCUAUCGCCAGUACAGACACUCCAAUCAACUGGCCAGCUCUGUGGAUAUCUCAAGGACAAGUUCCUUUCUUCCACUAACUGCAGCAAUUGGAAAUAUUUUAUCUGUGAGAAGUAUGCUUUAAGAUCCUCUAUCUGAAAGAAAUUGUACCAGGAAAAUCUAUUAUGAUAGUUAUGUUGAACAGGACAUUGGAAAACCUGCCACAAAAUUCCAUAAAGCAGAUGCAGAAGUGAACCUAUGUGUGGGCUAUGAUACCACCUACCUGGGACUCAAAACCUAUCUCUAUACUUACACUUGGCAAUUUUCUUCAAUACUUUCCAGAACUUCAAUUGACAUUGUUUAAAUUGCCAAGAAUUAAACCGAUUUAUAGUUUCAGAGGACAAAAUCCUGAAAGGUUGAGAACAAACUGAAGAAAAAUAAUUUCUUUGUGCUU